GCAAUGUCUGGACGCGUCAAUGUCUGGACUUACCUUCUCCCUCAAACCGAUUGUUGAGGCUCCUCGUCAGCUUCACCUCGAUGCCGCUCAUCGUAUUCUCCGCUACCUCAAGUCCUCCCUAGGUCAGGGUUUGUUCUUCCCUGCUAAUCGCUCUCUUAAUUUUGUUGUUUAUUGUGAAGCCGACUGGGGUGGUUGUGAGAGUACGCGAUGGUCUACUACUAGUUUCUUCAUCAGCUUGGGUGGCGCGCCGGUUUCUUGGCGCAGUAAAAAGCAACAUGUUGUUGCUCGCUCUUCUGCUGAAGCUGAGUAUCGCGCCAUGGCUAGUACGGUUAGUGAAGUUAUUUGGGUCCGUUGGCUUCUCUCUGAACUGGGUGUUCCCCAGCCGGCAUCCACUCCGCUUUAUUGGGAUAAUCAGGCGGCUUUACAUAUUGCUGCUAAUCCCGUAUUUCAUGAGCGCACUAAGCACGUAGAGAUGGAUUGUUACUUCGUUCGGGAACGCGUCCAGAGUGGUCAUAUUGUUCCUCUCAAAUUCACCUCCCACCUGCAGCUGGCUGAUCUUUUCACUAAAGGCUUGGGUGCUGAUCGAUUUCGCUUUCUCCUAUCCAAGCUGAGCGUUCGUGUCCUUCCCGUCUCAACUUGCGGGGGAGUAUUGGGCCGUGAUAACCAGACCGAGGCCCAGCCCUCCACACGUCUGCAUGCAGACCAUGUAGCUAGCCCUUGUACGUGUGUUGGCUGUAUUACCAUAGGGAAUUGGUGUAAAGGGUAUAUAAAUGCUUGUAAUGGCCAUCGGCCACCAUAAGAACCAGAAUAAUAAAACCUAAACUAGAGAGUGAUUACUCUCCCGUGGACUAGUCCCGGCAAUCGGGGAUACCACGUAAAUCGCGUAUUGUUCGUUUCCGCUCUUACUUUUACAUAUUUCUCAAAUACUUGUAUGAAUUGAAUGAUUUGUGUGUGGGUUGUUUUAAUGUGAAUGUGGAGGUAUUAUUCAGAAAUGAUUAUGUUGUGUGAAAGCCUAUCAAUCUAAUUGCCAUCUAACCUAGAUUAGAGAGUAGACCUCCUCAGGUUAGGAGGUUCAUUGGGUGUUCUUGGGCAUUUCAUGCCUCCUAGGCUAGUUUAGAGAGGAAACCUCCUUAGGUUAAGAGGCUCAGUAUUGAGAUGGGGUUCUUGGGCAUUUCAUGCCGCCUAGGCUAGUUUGGAGAGGAAACCUCCUUCACCCGAGAGGUUUAGUUUCCUUGGGCAUUCAAAGCCUCCUAAACUAGUUUAGAGACAACCCUCCUUAACCUAAGAGGCUCAUUUCGAGAUGGGUUUCCUUGGGCAUUCUAUGCCUCCUAGUCUAGGUUAGUUAAAGGGCAAACCUCUUAAUUUGUAUUAAACACUUAGGGUUUGG